ACUUGAAACAUAUCUAAUUUAAUUAAUUUUCUUAGAUAUUUUUCACUAAUAUGUACUUAAAAUUGUAUAAAUAAACAUAAUAUAUAAAUCUGGACGAAUGAAUAAAUUAUCUAGUUCUAUCGCUCAUCAAGUCAAUUUCUCAUUUGAAACCAUAAUUAUUGCCGAAUAAAAUUACAAGCAUGAUGCAACCAUUGAGAUGUUGGUUAUUGUUAUCGUUGAUAACAUUCAUCGUGAUUGAAACGAAAAAAGCACCCGAAGGUUGCUUUCGUGCCGCCGUUCUUGAUCAUGUUCAUCAAACAAAUGUUCGCCAAUUAUCCGAUUUCGCCAAGAUAAUAGAAUUGAAUUUCAAAGUCUAUGAAGACGCAGCUGCCUUAGCUAAAAAACAAGGUGCCGAUAUUAUCGUUUUUCCCGAAGAUGGUCUCAUCUAUAAUAUUGCUUCACGUGAAAAAGCUGACGAAUUCGCUUCGGAUAUUCCCGAUGGUGAAACAAAUGCAUGUACACUGGAAACAAAGUCUGUGUAUAAUCGGUUAGCAUGUCUAGCUCAAAAACAUGAAAUAUUCGUUGUAGCAGAUUUGAUUGAUCGAAAAUCAUGCGAAGAAUUAGGCAUUAGCAACACAUCAGAUUCUUGCCCUGCUGAUAAAAAAUUUUUAUUCAAUACGGCCGUCUUGUUCGAUCGCCAAGGUAAACUCUUGGGACGUUAUCACAAAAUGCAUUUGUUCGGUGAGAUGACCAUGAAUAUUCCACCGAAACCAGAAUUACUGGUCAUCGAUACAGAAUUAGGACGGCUUGGUAUGCAAAUAUGUUUCGACAUGAUCUUUAAGACGCCCGGACAUUUUCUAGCAGAACAAAACAAAUUUGAUACCAUGCUUUUUCCGACGUGGUGGUUUGAUGAAGCCCCAAUGUUAUCUUCUAGUCAAUAUCAAAUGGCAUGGGCCUUUGGUAACAAUGUCACAUUAUUAGCUUCAAACAUUCAUCGUGUCGAGCUGGGCUCACGUGGCAGUGGUAUUUAUGUUGGACCACAUCAAACACUAGCUACAGCAUUAUACGAUGAUUCUGUUGAACGUUUAGUUUUGGCAAAUGUUCCCAUCAAGCCCCGAGAAACGGAUAAAUCUGUUUGUCCUUUGGAUAGCGAAAUUAUUGAAGUACCUCAACAGAUUCCGAUUCCAAAUUCUGUAAAAUACCAUCAUCUUAACAUGAAUCUUUUGGAUGUAACAUUAGUGGAAUUAUCUUCAAAAGAUUCUGAAUUUCAUAUCUGCUAUAAAGGUGUUUGUUGCCAGAUUGAAUACCGUUUAGCUGUGAAAGAUCAACCGCGGGAGUCAUGGGUGGAUCGUGUACCAUUAUUAGCAAAUAUGCUUGAAUAUUUUACUCCCGAAGAACGUUACUAUUUAAUGGUGGCUAAUCGUACGCGACCAGGUACUUAUCGUUGGACUGAAGAGAUUUGUGCCGUUGUUGUCUGUCCAUCAUCACGUUGGAACAUUGGAAAAGUGGAAAAAGAUUGUUCACAAUUUGGUUCAAAUCAAGAACUUAAUUCUCGAUUCGUUUACGCAAAACUAAGAGGAGCAUUUAGUGAAAGUACUGCCGUAUAUCCCAGUGCCGUUGGUCCUAAAAAUCAGCUCAUUAAUCCUGAAAAUAAAUGGAAAUAUUGGAAAGUAAAUGUACCGGAUAAACCUGAACAUUUCGUUGAAUUAGGUGCCAAAGACAAUCCGGAAAGUAAAGCUAUUGAAUUAAGCACAUUAGCUUUAUAUGGUCGAAAUUAUGAUCUUGACCCAACGUACAAACAAAAACCAGUUCCAAUCAAUUUGUGAUGGUUAAUUAUAUUUGCUCGUGAUAUUUUCAUGUGUUGGAUUCUAAUAAUCUACGAUAAAAUCAAUGCUAUUUUGAACUAAACAAAUUUUUCAAAUAAUAAAUGAAAUAAAAUUCUGUUAUAUGUUUUA